AUGGAAAUUUCUUCCUCAUCAGAGGAGGACGGUGAGGAUUCGUCCCUCUCGCAGCCAGUACUGGAUCUAGGGAGCGACACGGAAGAAGAAUUGUUACGAGACACCGACGAACAACAGCCACCUCCCUCACGCAGCCGACCGUCUACGGCCGCCCCCCGAUCGUCCAGCCCGACAUCGAGCAACCAGCGGGAUCGUUCACCUCGUUCCCCCCGAAGAGUUCCACCCGAGACUCGGUACUCACCCUCGCGAGACCCGUCUCCUGGGGAUCCAAGGCGAAACCGGCCACCAUCCGACAUGCCAACCCCUCCACGGCACGCUCAACCACCGCCACCGCGCGCGCCCUCACCGAUGGCCAUACUUGAGGAAUUAUUGGAGGCCCUGGAUCAACAGCCACCGUUGGACGUGGACCCCAAUCCCGUGUUCGAUGCCGUCCGCCCGUAUGCGCCUCUCCUGGCAGCCGGUGAAUUCGUGCGCCCCGGCUUUCUAGACGCCCUCGUUGGCCUGACCCGAGGGUUGACGCAUCGGACAAACGGUUUCUGCCCGAUUGCGGAAGGAUUACGACACCCGCGGUCGAUGGGCUCAUCCGCUACCAUCAGGGACUUCCCACCCACCCGAGAAGCAGCCUCCCAGACGCAUAGGCCGAUCACCAGCGAAGCCGAGAGUCAGACAAGCUCGCUGUCCACCAACGCAGCCGGCCACCAAACGGACCCGCCGACUACCAGGGACACGGGGAGUCAAACGCUACCCGUAGACAACCUCGGAGAAGCCUUGGGACGCCUCGCCACCUCACAGGGGGCCGACACGGGGCUACUGCCCUCGGACCUCACACGCGGUCAGUUCGGUGAGUCGACACCCCAACACCCGGGCCCGUCCUCGAGGACACCCGCGCCGGAGCGAUCUGAACCCCGCGGGACUAGACCCCGCGCUUCGGACCAGCCAGCUAGGCCGAACGAGAGGAUCGGAGCGAACGAGGCCCCACCGCGCCCCGUUACCACCGCGGCGGCCGCCCCAAGGACGACGCCACGGGCCACGCCGAAUCAACCCACCGAUACCGGCUCCAGCGCUAGGUACCGCCGGUGCUUCAACUGCGGGAGUACUUCUCACCGGCGGCAGGAAUGCACCCAACCCCCGCGACAGUUUUGUUAUCGGUGUGGGAUACUCGAUGUUACGGUUCGGACCUGCCCAAAACACGGUAGCGAGUACGAGAAAGAGGAGCCGUGGAAAUGGAAUCGCCGAUAA